UUAGAUACACCAAUCGUGAGUAUACUAUCGUCAAGUGAGCAACGUUGAUGCAAUGACCGGAUUUUUUGCCUUUUCGUUUAGUUGUCGGAUUUUUGCGUUGUAUUCGAACAUACACAAACUUAUACAGAUAACUUGCGAACAUCAGGUCAUUCCAUUGCGAUCUAAUCCAUUAAGUUGCGCAUUUUUGUAUAUGCGUGUGAAAUGAAAGUGGGAUCAUUGAAUAUGUUACGAAUCGACAUAUUUUCACUUCCCGUCUUACGGUCAACCGGUCAAAAGGAGCUGGCGAUUUUUACUUGCAUAGACACAACUCCAAAUGCAAAUUAUUCGUGAAAAUAAGCAUACCACCGCAUCCAUAUGCCUACAUACAUACAUUCAUAGCGGUUUAUUAGUAUCGACUUGUAAAAAUUCUCAUGUAUUUGUGAAAAUGAGCAAAUUCUCGAACGGCGCCAUUUUUUUCGCCACAAAAAUUUAAAUUCCAGCCAUCACACAAUAUCAUGUAACAGUGCAGUGGAACAGCAAAAUCGGAAAAGUGAAUACGUACUGUAAUUUCGGUAGGCGAAAGACGUUUUACUGAAAGGAGUUUUAUAGCUUAACAAGAAAAAAUAUCUGAAUAAUACUUAUUUUACGUAUUUAAAAAGUUAAACAAACAACAAGGGAUAAAUGUAUAAUUAAAAAUAAUAUGUGUGCAUGUGCAUGAUAACCAACGUUUUUAUAUGUAUACAAGUACCAUCGCAUAUACAUACGUAUACAUAUGUAAAUAUAUUGUGGAAUGUAUAAGUUUUUACAUGAGAAGGAAAAUAAAACCAAAUAUCUUAGGCAAUCGCGAAUGCAGUUGGAAUGCAAAGAGAUACCUAAUUUAACUUUUGUAUGUACAUAUGUAUGCUUAUAUGUAAAUACAAUUAAAGUGUGUUCAUGUAUAAACGGUCAGGGUGGUGAAAAUGUAAAGAAACGAAUUGAAUUAAGAACCACUUCAAGACCACCAAAACCAGAAAAUCAACUUUGUUAACGUCUUUUUCCACUAGGUUUGAAUGCGCCUUUCAUUAUCUACAUUUUAUCGUAGUAAAAAGCUUACUAAUCGUUAAAAAUGAGUGAUUCUACCCCAAUUUGCCGAUGUCGCGUACUUUAUUUGGGUAGUGCCGUUCCGCGGCAAAGUAAGGAUGGGCUACAAGGAAUUCAAGAGCCCUUGAGAACUCUUUAUCCUUCCGAAGGUGCGGUUGGUGCUAAAGGUAUAGACUCAUGGCUAAGUGUUUGGUCAAAUGGAGUUCUACUUGAAAACGUUGAUGAAAAUUUAAAACAAAUCACCCGAUUUUUUCCUAUUGAAUCUCUGCACUACUGCGCGGCUGUACGACAAGUUUUAAUACCAGAACGGGGAAAUUCUAAGCCAGAACCAAAAUUCUUACCACUUGACUCUCCAUUCGCUCGAAUGCCCCGCGUCCACCACCCACCAAUAUUUGCCGCUAUUCUACGACGAACAACCGGCAUCAAAGUCCUUGAAUGUCACGUGUUUAUUUGUAAACGAGAAGCUGCCGCGAAUGCUCUAGUCAGAUGUUGUUUUCAUGCUUACGCCGAUAAUUCGUAUGCCCGCCAAUUGGAGUCUGGUAGUUCUGGGGGUGGUGUUGGCAGUAGUGUCUAUGGAACGCUCAAAAGUGUCGUUGGAAGCAAAUCGAAUGGAGACUUAACACGUAUCGAGAUAACAAAUGGUAAUCAUCACCACAAAGGCCCGUCUUCAAGCCAAGAUGCAUGGUGUUCUCGAGCUAGCAGUACAACCACCCUAAACAGUGUUGGGAGGCAGUCCAAUGGACAUACGUUCAAUGGAACGAGUGACAUUAGCUUGAAUGGUGGAGGAAGCAAUGGAAGUGCCGCUGAAGGUUACACAUCUGUGAAAAAUUGUAAGUAAAAAGUGUUUUAAACA